UUUUAUUUAAAAAAAUCUAUAAUUGGAUAUUUUUGUUUCGUGCUAGAAAGAACACAUAAUACUUUUGAAACAACAAAAGGACACAUUUAGACGUGGAAUUAAUGGCCGACCCCGUUAUUAUAGGAGCUGGAGUUGUAGCUUUGGCUAGCGCUAUUGGCUGGUUUAAAAGCUGUCAAAGUGUGCGUAAACUUGACGAUGAUGGUAAAAAAAUAUCAAAAGACUUAGGACAAGUAGAUGAUGACGCGAAAAAUCUUCAAGCCGCUCUUGAAGGCCAGCAAAAAGAAUUUGAGGUCUUGAACAAAGAGAAAAUGACAAAACAAGAAGAGGUUGACAGGAUCAAGAAGGACAACGUCAAGCUGAUACGGGAUAAUGUCGAAAUGAAAAAGAAAGUUGAAGCCUUCAAAAUGAAAAAAUAGCUAGAAUUUUUAUCGGAAUUUUUUACGAUAUAAUAAUGUAAUAUAUAUAUAAACAAAAGAGUUCGUUUGGU